AUGGCUGGAAAUCAAACUCUAAAAGAGCUUGCCGCACCUAAUUUGAAUCAGCAACCCUUAAGCAUAACUUUUCCUGCUUUAGAUGCUAAUGCUACUUUUGAAUUAAAAUCUGGAUUGAUACAUUUCUUACCCACUUUUCAUGAUCUUGCAGGUGAGGAUCCUCACAAGCAUUUGAAGGAGUUGCAUGUGGUAUGCACGAGUAUGAAACCCAUGGGGGUGACUGAAGAGCAAAUUAAAUUAAGAGCCUUUCCGUUUUCUUUGAAGGAUUCGGCUAAGGAUUGGCUCUAUUAUCUACCCUCUGGGAGUAUUACCGCACGGAAUGAGAUGAAGAGGCUAUUUUUAGAAAAAUAUUUCCCAACUUCAAGGGCGGCCAACAUCAGAAAAGAAAUUUGUAGUGUAAGGCAGUACAACGGGGAGUCCCUACAUGAAUACUGGGAGCGUUUUAAAAAAUUAUGUGCAAGCUGCCCCCAUCAUCAGAUUAGUGAGCAGCUACUUAUCCAGUAUUUCUAUGAGGGUCUUCAACCCACUGAUAGGAGCAUGAUUGAUGCUACUAGUGGAGGAGCUUUAGUGGAUAAAACUCCCGAGGCUGCAAGAAACCUGAUUGCAAAUAUAGCGGCCAAUUCUCAACAGUUCGGCUAUAGGCUUGACCCUCCAUCAAAGCAUGUUAAUGAGGUAAAUCUCUCUUCCCUUGAACAACAAAUUGCGAGUCUGACUUCUCUUGUUCAUCAAAUGGCUGUAGGUAAUAUGCAAACGAUUAAGGCUUGUGGGAUAUGUUCAGUAGUAGGGCAUCCAACUGAUAUGUGCCCAACUCUUCAAGAGGAGCCCAUGGAACAAGUGAAUGCGGCAGGUGGUUUUCUAGGGCAACCGCAAAGGAAAUAUGAUCCCUAUUUGAGCACGUAUAAUCUGGGAUGGAGGGAUCAUCCCAAUCUCAGCUAUGGGAAUCCACAGAGCCACCUAAGUUUCCCGCAGUAUUAG